GUUCCUUUACAUCGAGUUAUGAAAAGAUUUUUUAAACCUCUUCGAGGACGGUCGUGACAUUUUAUAUAUUUUAACUAUUUUAGAAAAAAGUAAAAAUUUGAAAAAUCGCAUAAAAGUGAUCUGAAAAUAAACGAGCAAAGUAUUUCGAUUGCAAAUCACUGAAAAAAAAAAUUACUUCAUUACUAAAUUUGUACAGAGAGAUAUAAGACAAAGUAAAGAAAAGCUGAAUCACUAAGACGUACAACAGCGAUAGAUAUCGUUGUAAUCUAAGAAAGAAAGGAAAGUGAGAAGCUAUUUAACAGAGGAAAAAAAAUAAUAUAAAAAAAUGACAUCGCUGGAACCGAAUGUGAACCGCCUGCAGAAUUUCAAAAAUAAGGGCAAGGAUCAAGAUGAAAUGCGACGUCGCCGAAAUGAAGUAACAGUGGAGCUACGCAAAAAUAAACGCGAAGAGACGAUCCUGAAACGUCGCAAUGUCCCCAAUAUGGAUUCGAAUACAGAUGAGGAUGAUCAGCUGCCAAAUACAAUCAAUCUGAAGAAAUUGGCUGAGGCUGCUGCUGAUUCUUCAAAACCUGAGCAACAGUUGGCCGCAGUACAGGCUGCACGUAAACUUCUCUCCUCGGAUAAGAAUCCGCCAAUCAACGACCUCAUCAAGAGUGACAUUCUGCCGAUUUUGGUAGAUUGUCUAAAACAACACGAUCACACAAUGUUACAGUUCGAAGCCGCCUGGGCAUUGACCAAUAUUGCUUCUGGUACAUCAGAUCAAACUAAUCAGGUUGUCGCUGCUGGUGCAGUACCGCUCUUCCUGGAGUUGCUCUCUUCGCCCGCACCCAAUGUUUGCGAACAGGCCGUUUGGGCUUUGGGUAAUAUCAUUGGUGAUGGACCGGAAUUGCGUGACUUUGUCAUUAAGCAUGGCGUUGUUCAGCCCUUGCUGUCGUUUAUUAAGCCAGACAUACCAAUUUCAUUUUUGCGUAACGUCACAUGGGUGAUUGUGAAUUUAUGCCGUAAUAAGGAUCCACCACCACCAGCCGCCACCAUAAACGACAUCCUGCCCGCACUCAAUGUGCUGAUCCAUCACACGGAUACCAACAUAUUGGUAGAUACCGUUUGGGCUAUCAGCUAUUUGACCGACGGUGGCAAUGAACAAAUCCAAAUGGUUAUUGAAAGCGGUGUCGUGCCCAAGUUGAUACCAUUGUUGGGACAUGCGGAAGUUAAGGUGCAAACGGCGGCCCUUCGUGCUGUCGGCAACAUUGUAACCGGAUCGGAUGAACAAACACAAGUGGUGCUCAACUACGACGCGUUGUCGUACUUCCCAGCUUUGUUGUCCCAUCAAAAAGAGAAAAUCCGCAAGGAGGCUGUAUGGUUCCUUUCCAAUAUUACGGCCGGUAAUCAAUCACAAGUGCAAGCGGUCAUCAAUGUCGGUCUAUUGCCGAAAAUUAUUGAAAAUUUGAGUAAAGGUGAAUUCCAGACACAAAAGGAGGCUGCCUGGGCAAUUAGUAAUCUAACUAUUAGCGGUAAUCGCGAUCAGGUGUUCACAUUAAUAAAGGAAGGUGUCAUACCACCCUUCUGCGAUUUGCUCACCUGCAUGGACACACAAGUUCUUAACGUUGUGCUUGAUGGUCUAAACAAUAUGCUCAAAAUGGCCGAAAAUCACGUACAAGAAGUUGCCAAUUUAAUUGAAGAAUGUGAUGGUUUGGAGAAAAUCGAAAAACUACAAAAUCAUGAAAAUGUCGAGAUUUACAAAUUGGCAUACGAAAUUAUUGAACAAUACUUCUCCGACGAGACGGUACAGAGCAGCCUCGCACCCACCAACGAUGGCACACAAUUCCAAUUUGAUCCAAACGCCGAUAGCAAAUUACCAAUGAAUUCUUUCAACUUUUCAAAUUAGCACGGCUGCUGUGGAUAUAACAUUAGUUUAUCAGUAAAGCUACUACCACCAACACGACCGCGACUAGCACCUAAACAACUACCACCACCAAUUACAAAUAAAACAACAACACGACAUACUGUUAAGCCAUUAUUCGCCAGCCUAUUGACGUAUCAAAUAUUGAAAACGACAACACUGGUAGCGAAGGCCAAGUGUUGAACUGACUGACUGACAGCAAAGUUAAAUUUGCAAAACAAAAAUACAAGAUGAAAAAACGAAGGAAAUGAAACAAAAAAAAAUUAAAAAAUUAUAAAAAAUAAUUAAAAUACACAGACAACAACACAGGAUUAUUAGUAGAGAAGAAAAUCAACAGUACCAGCAGCAAAUGAAAUAUUAAGGAAUAUGAAACACAAGAACUGACAUCGGCAAAAUAUCAAUAGAAUUGUAUUGGAUAUGUUGUUGUUAGCUAACAUCACAUUCACAAAACGAGCAUUUUCAUAGAAAUUGAAGUGAAAUGCAGGGGAGCAGCAACGUGACAACGUAACGUUUACAACAUUUAGCGGCAAAGAUUAGUGAAAAUGUGCGACAAACAACAAAAACACGUACGAAAUGAAAUAUUAGCAGAAGCAACAACAACAGCAAUCAUUAAAUAGUUCGCAAGUCCAAGUUGAUUAUAAUUAUAAUUAAUAUUAUAUGAAACAAAAUUAUAUACAUACAUAUAUAUGCAUA